AUGCCGGCUCGGAUACCUGUCCGUUUGGCUUUCAACGGCACCAAUUGCUCCUCAUCCGUCCGAGCCUUCUCCUCCACCUCUCCGACACUCGCCCUGGGCCCCGAGUCUCCCAACUACAUCGAAGUCCCUAAACCGGCCCAGCCCACAUGGACUCUUGAACCCAAGCCCAAGGGUCACCUUCCCAUCCCUCGCGAUGUCUUCAAAACCCGUUCUAGGCUGCCCAAGGCGUCGGAGCAGUUUAUCAGCCGCACAACGAAAGACCCUGCAAAGGCAAAGCUACCCGGGCCCUACAACAAGGAUGCCGAAUACAGACUGUAUAAGCAAAGAUUGGCCGAGGCAAGAAGGAACAACUUCCGCGAAGGUGUAAAAGCGUUGCAUGAGCGCAAAGUUACCAGCGAAGCCGAAUCAAAGGCCAGAUACGAAAAGCUGAACACCGAGAAGAGAGCCUUGACCUUCGCACCCCCUAGAACUGUCGAUGUCCUGACCCAGGCAUCAGUUUCAAAGAGCGUGCGCGAUUUCCUUUCCGAUUGCCUCUCCCAGAACCCAAGCCCGGCAGGUGUGCAAGCUCGACGAAAGGCUUUCACUAGACGCAUGAACAAGCAAGACACUAUCCGUCAAGCACGUGUGCACGAUCUAUAUACAAAUGCAAGGAAGUUUAUCGUUACCGAACAACAAUUGGACGAGUCAAUUGAAGAAGCAUUCGGCACCGAUGAUCAACCGGUACGCUGGAACAAGAACGGACAGGUUGAAUCAGGCUCUUCUGGCAUAAGCCCAUGGGAAGGCGGCAUCCCCAAUGGCAUUCACGAGAAGAUGAAAAGUCUCGGCGGUGGUCAAGGUGUUGGUUUGGCAAAGGAGAGAGUCAAGAAGAUUGCCGAAGAACUCACUGGCGGCAAGAUGUAG